AUGUAUAAUGAUUUGAGGCAGCAUUACCGGUGGAGUGGCAUGAGGAGAGAUAUUGCUGACUUUGUUUCCCGUAGCUUGUGCUGCCAGCAAGUAAAGGCCGAGCAUUUGAAAGGUAAAGGCCGAGCAUUUGAGACCAGGUGGCGAGUUCCAGAGAUUACCCAUUCCGGAGUUGAAGUGGGAGCAGGUGUUGACAGCAUUUGGGUCAUCGUGGAUCGAUUGACCAAGUCAGCACACUUCCUUCCUGUUCAUACUACCUUCAGUGCUGAGAGGUUGGCUCGUAUCUAUAUUCGGGAGGUAGUUCGUCUUCAUGGUGUGCCUGUUUCUAUCAUUUCAGACCGGGGUUCACAGUUCACUUCCAGCUUUUGGAGGGCUUUUCAGGAGGAGUUGGGCACCCGUGUCCACCUUAGCACAGCAUUUCACCCACAGAGGGAUGAGCCUAGGCCGCGUGGUUCAGAUUUGCUUCAGGAGGCCCUGGAUCAGGUGAGGGUGAUUCAGGAUAGGCUCAGGACGGCUCAGAGUAGGCACCAGAGUUAUGCGGAUCAGAGGCAUCGACCUUUGAGAUUCUCUGUUGGUGACCGGGUAUUCCUCCGUGUGUCGCCCAUGAAGGGCGUGAUAGGGUUUGGGAGGCGGGGCAAGCUUAGCCCCAGGUACCUUGGGCCUUUUGAGAUACUCCGGACAGUUGGGGAGGUUGCUUAUGAGUUGGCCCUACCUCCAGUAUUUUCGGCCAUCCACCCAGUGUUUCAUGUUUCGAUGCUGCGGCGAUAUGUUCCUGAUGAGUCCCAUGUGCUCCAGUAUGAUGCAGUCGAGUUGGAUGAUCGUUUGACAUUUGUAGAGGAGCCAGUUGCCAUUCUAGCCAGAGAUGUGAGGAGAUUGCGCUCGACAGCCAUUCCUGUUGUUAAGGUUCGUUGGAGGCAUCGUCCAGUCGAGGAGGCUACCUGGGAGACCGAGCAGGAGAUGCGGGAGCAGUUUCCCGGCUUGUUUGAGCCUUCCGGUCCGGGCACUAGUAGCCAGCGUUGAUCGAGCUUG